CGGGCGCAACGGCUGCGUUCACGGUAGGCGCCCGCAAACGCUUCGGAAAGAGGCAGCAUCAGGGUGCAGCGCGCGUACUGUGUCGCCCAUUGUUGUCCUCGUCGCGUGUAAUGGCCACCGUGAACAUUCGUUAAUCGCGUCGCGCCACAUUGCGGCCCCGGCCUAGCCCGUGCUACGGAUAUACCGUGAGUCGAGUCCGGCCGCGAAGCACCGCGUCGGCAAUUUUAUGCCGCCGCCGCCACCGCUGCCGUUAAGACGGGACAGAGAGCGAGGGAACGAGCGAGAGUUGAAGCGGGACGGACGGAGAAAGGAGCGACAGAGAGAAAACGACGUACACGACGAGGAGGAGCGGCGGCCGCGCGCUUCGUACCUACAAUCGCCGCCACCGCGCCGCUCUACGCGGCCGACCAUGAUUUGCGCGGGCCAACGCUGCCCGUUGACAAGCGUGUGAUUUCAGAGGUAAUAUUCGCGCGCGUUACGACCGCGUGCUAAAAAAGUGUGCGUCAGCCAACGAGACUAGCCAAGCCAGCCAACCAGGCGGCCAGCGAGGUGGACGAACGCAGCGGGCGACCGAGCGAACGGACGUACGCGCGAACUCGUCGUGAUUUCGGAUGACGCGGUCUGCCGCCGGAAUCCUGUGCCGGAAGGAAGCGUCCGUCGAAGCGUUCGUUGAAAUCGAACGCCAUUGAUUUCUCGCACGGCCGCGAGGGACCACGGCCCGACCGCGCUCUGUAACGGUGAGAGCGUCGCGCGCGCGGCACAACACGAGGGGGAGAGCACGCUCCCCCCGGCCCGUUCUGCUCAUUGCGGAUGCUGGAGUGCACAGCCAGCAGCCCGGACGUCGUAACCCACGUACGCGACAACGUCUCCGAGGAGUCCGCCGCGCGGCAGUUUACAUCGUCAUUGCCGCCGCCGCCGCCGCCGCCGCCGUCAUGGCAACUAGAAGAUCGUCGGUUACCGCACGGCAGCCGGAUCUGUAACCCCGCGGCUUGUCGGACUAUCGCACGGUCAAAGGCAAUACAUCAAUGGCCCUAGAAUCAAAUGGCAACAACGUGGUGUGGUUGAACACAACCCGACCUGAUCAAAUACAGCAGAGUCAAUCGAUUGAGCAGCAGCCAUUGAAGUGUUCUAUGUUUACUCAAACAGAGCAAACUAAUAGUUUCACUCAGACGGAGCAAAGUAAUUCGAGUUACGGAGAUCAAAGACAGCAGCAACAAACAGCAAUGUUUGAUCCACAACAGAUCCAGCAGCAGCAGGCUGCUGCUCAGGGUCAGCAGUCGCAGCAGCAGCAAUCCCAGCAGAUGUAUGUGACUUCGGACAAAAAGGAUGACAAGUCUCAGCAGCAGCAGCAGUCCACUACUGCCGAGUUCCCGCCCUCUUUCUACUACAAUGUCAACAUGCUGCAGAAGGUUCAGACGAACGCGGUGAGCACAAUCAGUGCGAUCACCGACGACAAGGGUUGUUACCGCUUUGAUGUGCAACCUGUUGGUUAUAAUACAUUACUGAAUCAGAUGAGUAUUGCCGCUGCCGCUACCAACUCUACGUACAAGUGCGAUAUCUGUGGACUGGUCUUCGGCCACAUGAGCCUGCUGCAGCAUCACAAGCGGAUUCACAACACAACGCCUAGCAAUCUGCAGCAACAGCCGCAGAUUGUGGUACAAACGCCGACAACAGUGACUGUCGCCACCACGCCGGACAGACCGUAUACUUGUGACGUUUGUGGGGCGUGUUUUGCAUUACCGGGAGAAUUAAAAAGUCACAAAACAAACAUGCAUCAGAAACCUAAGGUGCAACUUUGUGAAGAUUGUGGCAGUGAGGAUCCAUGCGAACAUCAGCCAACUAAAGUUAAAAAGACUAUCAAACCUGGUCAUCAUCCUGUGAAACGGAGGGGUGUUACCAGUGUCACCAAAUGUCACAAAUGCAAUGGCACGGGAAUUAUUUUUAUUGGUAAACACGACGAAAAACUAGAUUCCGGAAUCAGUUCCCUCGCAAAGUGUGGCGGCUGCAAGGCUACAGGCCGCAUCAUCAUAGGAAGUGGCAAGCAAAACAGUCAGAACCAAACGGAAAAGCCGUUUCAUUGUAACGUUUGCGAUGGUACAUUUUCUCGAUAUUCUUCACUUUGGUCCCACAAGAGACUUCAUUCAGGGGACAAACCAUUCAAGUGUGAAGUCUGUGGUUUAGCAUUUGCCAAGGCCGCUUAUUUGAAGAAUCACGGACGAGUUCAUACCGGCGAGAAGCCGUUCAAGUGUAGUGUUUGCGGCAUGCAAUUCUCGCAAAGCCCGCACUUAAAGAAUCAUGAGAGAAUUCAUUCCGGCGAACGGCCCUAUCAGUGCGAAGUUUGCGAAAAGACGUUCGCCAGACACUCGACGCUCUGGAAUCACAGAAGAAUCCACACCGGCGAGAAGCCGUACAGGUGUAACAUUUGUGGUUCCGCCUUCAAUCAAGCCACGCAUCUUAAGAAUCACGCGAAAGUUCAUACUGGUGAAAAGCCACACAGGUGUGAUAUAUGCGAGAUCGGCUUUUCCGAUCGUUUCGCGCUUAAACGUCACCGUGCAAUUCACGAGAAGUACGGUCAGACGUCGCGGAAUCAGAACACGAACAACGCGACUAACGCACAGCAGGCUAACGCUAGUAGUCAGCAGCAACAGCCGCAGCAGCAGCAGCAGCCGCAGCAGACGCAGCAAGGCCAAGUCGUGGUCGUGAACGCAACCACUCCCGUCACCGUCAGCCAAGGGCAAGGCCAAGUGAUGCUCGACGAGGUCUACAAGUGUCAGGUGGCCUUCCCAGAGCCUAAAUGAUUCAGCUAGAGAAUACCUUUCAGAAGCUGUUUUAUUACGCUGCAGAAUCAAGGAAUUUUGAGUACGGUCAAUGACAGAACUGUAUCUAUAUGAAACAUUCAUCUACGAGCAGAUACAAUAAGAGCGUAAAUGUCACCGUGAAAAAAAAAAUGAUAUAUCCAAAUUAACUAGGAGGGCUCUAAUGAUCGCGAAGAAACGUAUAUUUAUCCCGCGGUAAAAAGAAGAAUGUAAAAGACUAAUAAGAAUUUCCCUUCAUGGCGAUUGAUAGCGAUAAUCAUCUCGCGACACAACGUUUUCAAUUAAUAUUUCAUAAAACAUAUUUUUGGGAAAAGAAGCCUCUAUUUUGAGUACGUCUCUAUCUCUAUCGAAACUGUGAUCUGACGGUCAAAUUUACGGCAAGCGCACGGCUUAAUAAGCGUCCUCGACAAAACAUGAGACAAAUACUUCAAAGCUGUUUACGAGCGAGCACUUUAUGUUAACAAAUGCGCGCGUGCGAGCCCCUUUUUCAAGAAUGCUUUUGUAUACUUAUACCUAUGUCAACAAACUUCUAAUUAAGGAACUAAUUGAGAGAAAGAUUGUAGAAAUCGGAUAAUACCAGGUGUAUGAGUGUAAUUACACACUGUUAGUCGCGUCAGUAAUUUGUAAGUAGUUUGUGAAGAAUCGUUGCAGCAAACACAGCGCCGUGUUUCAGUGUUUAUUUAGUUAUUCCGCAAUCGCUGUAUAAUUAGAUAAAAAUGUUUUCUUUUAACGAAAUCAAUUUCAUAUUCUACAAUGCACCUUUUAAUUGGAUAAAUUAAGUAAAAAGGAAAAGAGUAAUUUUUCAACGGCGCAUCUUUCUGCAGCGAUUCCGUGCUCCGAGAUAAUAUUUCAUAGGCAGAGAACUUAGAGCUUCCGCUUGAAUCAAAAUCGUCUGGAAGCGUCUUCCUUAAUCUCACACGAGUGUACUAUGAUUUGCCGGGGCUUCGUUCUCGAUUUCGUUUGUACAUACAUUUGUAAAACAGAACAAAAGACCUGUGCGAAGUCCUGGAGAUAUUUUUUCACCACUUUAUUAAUAUUAUCGAAUAUUCUCGAAUGUAAGAAUCUGCAAGCGAACGGCGAACAAACUCGCAGAAGGACUGUAAUCUUGCGCACUUAAGGGUCGAGGUUUCGGGGUGGUGAUUACGUAAGCCGAAUUAUCCGUCUGAUAACGCAACUUGCAUUCCCAGAAGAAUACCUCGUACGAUCACCGAAAUCCCUUCAAGCAUUCGACCCUUGUCAGCGGGUAAUUUUCAAAGGCCUGAGAAAGCGUCAGUUCGUUUCUUCAUUGCGCAUUACUGUAAUUUUGUAUUCGCGCCAAGUGUAGCGAUAACGCGCGUCCACACGAAUUUUUGUAUGUUUCCAUUGAUUGUAACAAUUUUAUUAUCCUACAUCGGAUUGGUUCGCAAUGAAUGUAAUUAACGACGAUCAUUCGACUCGCUAAUCAUGUACGAAUGAAAGAGGUCAUUACUACGCGCAGAUUAAUUUGUCACGCCUUGCCGAAUUGAUUUACGACGUAACAGCGAUCGUAAUAAUUUUUGAUAAUAAACCACGUUCCUAAUGAAUUAUCUCUUCUUUAUCGUACGACUAAGCGUAACGAUUGCAAGGGCAAUACUCGGAUAUCGAUUGUGAGUACUUGUGGAUAUCGUUACCUGACGCGAGCGACGAAAUGUAAAAUAGGAUUAAAAUGGCCUCUCGUAACGCGUAAAGAAGACUAAAAAAAGAUCCUUCGAAGAAAUUUGCAAUUUUCUAAGAUAAUCUACGACACGUUUAUCUCGCGCGAACUCGACGACGUGUGGGCUUAACGUUUACUCAUCCCGAGGAAACAUUUCGAUUACGAAUUCUGUCUGCUAUUGUAAAAAAAAGAAAGAAAAGAAAACGUCGCGAUAUCUCCGCACGUCCUUGCGAGCGAAGUAAAGUGGAAGGAAUACAAGCUGUUAGUUUCAUUAGGAUGCCAUUAUUAUGACUACCCGUCGGUAUUCUUAUCAUUAGUUUUACAGAUGAAUACUGGACACCGCGGUCUUCUUUUUAACUCGCUUCUAUCUCGUAUCAUUUAAAUUCGACUGCUUUGUAUCAUAUAAGACAAUGAUGUACGAAAGAAUGUAUCUAUAAUGCGUUGCUUUGAUGUAAGUUAAAUCGCCCCUCUCUCUCAUUAUCAUGCUCUAUCUCUAUUUCCACGCCUCUCUUUCUCUCUCUCUCUCUCGAUCUACCGUUUCUCUUUCGUCGACCUAUCAUCUAGAUCUAGCUAGAAUUUUUAUUCGCGAACGUCGACGAGAAGAGCCAUUGUUAAGUUGUUUUUCUUUUUUUUCCUAUUGUUCCGCUUAUUACGCACGCGAGUGCAACCGGAACUUGGUGGACUUUUUGUCAUCCAGAAAAUAAUUGGUUUUACUUAAAAAAAAUUUGAACAAAUUAGUUUAACUCUUCUAAAAUUUUUUGGCGUUUUAUUACUCAUGUGAAAUAAUACAAAUUCAUAUGAGGUAGUAAAAAGAUCAAAAAGAUAUCUAAAAAAAAAAAAAACACCGUUUUUUUAUCUUAUACGUGUUUAAACGUGUUUUAGAUAAAUAGCAAGUCCGAAACGACAAUGAUUAAAAUAAUUUGCUUUAUAUAGGUCAAACUAAUUAAUUUCGGAUGAUAAAGAGUCGGCUGCGAGGUGACCGUCACCGAAAAACUUACUUGUGUAUACACAAUUUUAUAUGUGAGGGGAAAAGAGGAGAAAUCGUAAGAAAAAUGUCACUUUAGAUUAGUCUACUGUCAAUAUAACUAGAAUAAUAAUUUUGAAUGUAACGUGUAUCAUACUUGACUAUUGCCUAGAUAACGAGCAACCGUACCGAUUAAAAAGGAAACUAGCGCACGAUUAUAUCAGACCUUAGGUAAUAAUAAUAAAUAAUGUCCGAUGGACAUUUUCAUUUUUGAAGACUCCUGAGUGAACUUUAUUUUUUCGUCGUGUGUGCGUGCAUGCGUGUGCGUGCGUAUGCGUGCGUGCGUGGGCGUGUAUGAGUCAAGAGAAACAUACAUGUUAUUUUAUACAUUGAUGAUUAUGGAAAGAUAAAACUUUGUAGAUUUCGUAAGGCCACAAUAA